AUGCCGCCGACGCCGGCUCCCGAAAAAGGGCCAAAGCACCGGCUGAGAGAAGGUCGUCCCGGUGCCGUCAGGCCGCUCACCUCGACGCGCGUUAUCUCCUCAGAGAUCACAGCGCUCGGCGUCGGAGAGCCGUCCCUCUCGUUUUCACCUCUUCGGACUGCUGCAGUUCAGCUGCUUCUCCCGCCGCCCGCAGCAGCAGAGGUGUGCGACGGCCCGCUGGUGUCCAAUCUGCCGCCGGCGUCCUUCAGAAGCUCCUCCCAGCUGUCCAGCAGCCACGCGCCGGGCUUCGCCAAGCUCAACAGGAGGGACGGCGCCGGAGGCUGGUCUCCUCUCACCUCAGACGGGUAUCAGUGGCUGGAGGUCGACCUCGGCCAGCGGACCAAGAUCGCCGCCGUCGCCACGCAGGGCCGCUACGGCAGCUCUGAUUGGCUGACGUCGUACCUGCUGAUGUUCAGCGACACGGGGCACAACUGGAAACAGCACCGGCAGGAGGACAGCAUCGGGUCUUUCCCAGGUAACAGUAACGCAGACAGCGUGGUUCAGUACAAACUGCAGCAGCCGGCCGUCGCUCGCUUCCUGCGCCUCCUCCCUCUGCGCUGGAACCCCAGCGGGAGGAUGGGACUGCGGCUGGAGGCCUACGGGUGUCCUCACACCUCUGACGUCUUGAGCUUGAGGGGCGGCGGUCUGGCGUACCGGCUGAGUCCCGGGCCGCGGCGCUCGUCCGGAGAGGUCGUUUCCCUGGAGUUUAAAACCGCGAGGAGCUCUGGGACGCUGCUGCAGGCGGAGGGGGAGGGAGGACUCGGCCUCAGCCUGGAGCUGGAGAGAGGGAAGCUGCUGCUGCUCACACGAGGUCCUCCCUCCUCGGAGCCCCGGCGCGUCGCCUCCCUCGGCAGCCUGCUGGACGAUCAGCAGUGGCACCGUUUGGCGGUGGAGCGGCGCGGCUCUCAGCUCAACGUCACGGUGGACGAACACGCCGCGGAGCGCCUCCGGCUCCCCGCGGAGUUCCCCGGCUGGGAGGCGGAGCAGCUAAGCGUCGCGGCGGCCCGGGGCCUCGUCUCCGAGAGGAACUUUGACGGCUGCCUGGAGAACCUCGUGUACAACGGCCUCGACCUGGUGGAGUUAUUCAAAAGCAAAGACCGCCGAGUUACCGUUGUGGGCAACGUGACCUUUUCCUGCGCUGAGUCGGUUUCCGUCGCCGUGACGUUCCCGGGCCCCCGGAGCUUCCUCCGGUUGCCGGGGGCGGCACCGUCCUUGUCGGAGGGCGUGUCCGUCGGGCUGCAGUUCAGGACGUGGAACGAUGCGGGGCUUCUGCUGACCUUUGACCUUCCCGAGGAAGGGGGCGUGGCCUGGCUGUACCUGAGCGAGGCCAGACUGCGGCUGCAGAUCCAUAAAGCCGGCGGGGCGCUGCUGGAGCUCAGUGCAGGCUCCGCCCUCAACGACGGCCUGUGGCAUUCAGUGGAGCUGACCUCCGGACGGGGUCGUCUGACCAUCGCCGUGGAUACCGAGGAAAGGGGCGUCGCUAACGCCGGCCACCCCGUUGCCGCAGGAAGUCAACUCUUCUUCGGUGGUUGUCCUGCUGCAGAAGACACUCAGGACUGUAAGAAUCCCUUCGGCGUCUUUCAGGGCUGCAUGCGUCUCCUCAGACUGGAGGACCAGCCGGUGGACCUGAUCAAGGUGCAGCAAAGACUGCUGGGAAAUUACAGCCACCUGCAGAUCGACAUGUGCGGCAUCAUCGACAGGUGCUCGCCCAGUCGCUGUGAACAUGGCGGCCGCUGCACUCAGUCCUGGACCGCCUUCCGCUGUAACUGCUCGGCCAGCGGCUACAGCGGAGCGACCUGCCACAGCUCUGUGUACGAACAGUCCUGUGAGGCGUACAAACACAACGGCAACACGUCGGGACACUUUUAUAUCGACGUGGACGGCAGCGGACCAAUCAGACCGCAGCUGGUCUACUGCAACAUGACAGAGGAGAACACGUGGAUGGAGAUCCGGCACAACAACACGGAGCUGACCGGAGUCCGGCCGUCUGCAGGAGUCGACCAGCACUCGGUUCACUUUGACUACUCCGCCGAAGAGGAGCAGCUACUGGCUGCCAUCAGCCAAUCGGAGCACUGCGAACAGGAGCUGUCCUACCGCUGCAGGAAGUCCCGCCUCCUCAACACCCCAGAGGGCUCUCCGUUCAGCUGGUGGCUCGGGGGUCCCGGUCCCGGUCGGGUCCAGACCUACUGGGGCGGCGCUCAGCCGGGCAGCCGGCAGUGUGCGUGCGGCCUGCGGGGCGACUGCGUGGACCCACAGCACUACUGCAACUGUGACGCCGACCGCACGGACUGGGCUGAAGACUCGGGCCUGCUCACCCACGAGGAGAGCCUCCCCGUCCGGUCUCUGGUGCUGGGUGACAUCCAGCGGGCGGGUUCGGAGGCCGCCUACAGAGUGGGACCGCUCCGUUGUUAUGGAGACAAGAACUUCUGGAACGCGGCGUUCUUCGACAAGGAGACGUCGUACCUCCACUUCCCCACCUUCCACGGCGAGCUGAGCGCAGACAUCUCCUUCCUGUUCAAAACCACGGCCUCCUCCGGGGUCUUCCUGGAGAACCUGGGCAUCAAAGACUUCAUCCGGAUCGAACUGAGCUCCUCCACCCGGGUGGUGUUCUCCCUGGACGUCGGCGACGGCCCGCUGGAGGUCCGCGUGGAGUCGAGCGUCCCCCUGAACGACGACCGGUGGCAUCGCGUCCGGGCCGAGCGCAACGUCAGGGAGGCGUCGCUCCGCCUGGACGCGCUUCCUGCGGCCAGGCGGGGGGCCCCCGCCGACGGACACCUCCACCUGCAGCUCAACAGCCAGCUGUUCAUCGGAGGCACGGCGUCCAGGCAGAAGGGCUUCCGGGGCUGCAUCCGCGCCCUGCAGCUGAACGGCGUCACGCUGGACCUGGAGGAGAGGGCGAGGAUCACGCCGGGGGUUCGGGCCGGCUGCCCGGGUCACUGCGGCAGCUACGGGUCGCUGUGCCGCAACCGGGGCCGCUGCGCCGAGAGGGCCAACGGCUUCCUGUGCGACUGCGGCCUGUCGGCGCACACCGGAGCCUUCUGCCACACAGAGGUGUCGGCCAGCUUCCUGCCGGGGACCACCGUCAGCUACACCUUCAAGCAGCCGCACGAGUCAGGACGGAACAGCAGCGCCCGGCCCUCCUCCGUCUACUCCGACACCACCCUGAGAGGAGAGGACGUCUCGCUGAGCUUCAGGACCAACCAGAGUCCGGCUCUGCUGCUCUACGUCAGCUCGCACCACGGGGAGUCCCUGGCCCUGCUCAUCAACAAGCACGAGGCGCUGGAGGUGAGGUACAAGCUGGACGGCAGCCGGGCCGCCGAGGUGCUGAGGAGCACCGCGAGGAGCCUGGCGGACGGACGCCUCCACGCCGUCUCCGUCCGGAGGCGGACCGACGCCGUGUCCCUGCAGAUCGACCAGAGACCCAAAGAAGACUUCAACCUGACAGCCGACGGAGAAUUCAACGCCAUCAAGUCGCUGGUGUUGGGCCGAGUGCACGGGUCGGAGGACGUGGACCCGGAGCUGUCCCCCUUGGCGUCUCUGGGUUUUACCGGCUGUCUCUCGGUGGUUCGCUUUAACCCCGUCAGCCCUCUGAAAGCUGCUCUGCUCCACCCGCACAGCAGCCCCGUCGUCAUCACGGGACCUCUGGUCCAGUCCACCUGCGGCUCCUCGGCGUCGGCCAAUCCGCACGCAGCGGAGGACACGCACCACCUGUCAGACCAGUCUGGUUCCGCGGGUUCGGGUCAACCUUUGGUCAACGCCGUCAGGACUGACUCGGCCCUGAUCGGAGGUGUCAUAGCGGUGGCCAUCUUCCUGAUCGCCAGCGGUCUGGCGCUAACCGCCCGGUUCCUGUACCGCCGGAAAGAGACGUACGGCAACCAGGAAGCCGGGGGAGUCAAACAGGAGGACAGCGGAGAUUUCACUUUCACCACCCAGAGGGACUCCCAGAGCGUCUCCACCGAAAACCCAAAGGAGUACUUCAUCUGAGCGACGAGCCCGACGGACAGACGCUCCACUCAGAGCCGCUCAGAGGCUUCGCCGGAGAAUGCGGCUGCACAGGAAACAUCACUGUACAUACUGCGAAUGUAAAUACAAACAGUGCUGGACUUAAAACCUGUUGAUAUCCUUUUAAAUAUUCAAAAAUGUAAACGUGGAAGUGAAGUCUACGGCCAACUAAAGCCAACGUGUCAAAUGGAAAGGUUCUGAUUUUUACUUAAACACAACUUUAUUUCAGUCAAUCUGGGCGCCUGAAACCGUGACUGGAGUCGUUUCCAUGACGUUGACGGACGCUCGUUUGAACUGUGAUUAGACAGCGACGCCAGUCAUGAGUCAUCAAACACGCAUGGUGUCUCUUCAAAAUAAACCUCCCUCUGUACCGCAAGUAAAUAUUUCCAUAGCGAACCCACUGGCAAAAACGUGGCUAUAACCUGAGCAGAAACACGACGGACACGAAGCGAACAGCUGACCCUCGGUGGAAAGUCCAGUCUGUAAGAAUCUGCUGUUUGGAGCUUUAAGUGGUUUUGGGUUUUUCCUCAGAGCCUCUCAGGCCUGUUUAAGGGGAAACGUGCCGAGCUUGCAGAUAGUGGGAGAGAAUUUUUACUCCUCUCUUUCUGUCAUACUUAUUUCUUUCUUUUCUCUUCCGUCGUUACACGCUUCUUGGUUCCUAUAUUUUGCAAGCUUUUUUUUUUUUUUGCAAGGGAUUUUCAGCUUUUUCUCUCUAUUCCAAAUGUUUCCUCCUUCCGGCUGUGUGCAGCUCUCUACAUGCCGCUGAAGAGUAAAGCUUUCAGCCGUACAGCGUGCGGCCGCGUGUCGCCGCCUGCGCAGACAGUUAAUGCGUUUUUUAAACGCUAAUCUGCUCGGCGCUGACAGGUGGACGGUGACUCCAAACGGGAGCAGAGAGCCAGAGCGAGGAGACGAAUGUCAACACUUGAAAAUGAGCUAAAGGUGUUGAUUCGCUGAAUAAAACUUCAUCUGUUUCUUUGUGUUUUUCCGUGUUCGCCAACUCAACGGGUGACCUUGACAGCGGAUCGACCCCCGGCGGCCGAGCGCAGCUGGAAGGACGCUGCGAAAAAUAAAUAGUUUAUCGAGAUACAGAGAGGGGAUGUUGUUUUUUUAUUUCCUUUAGUCGAUAUGCGGGAAACAUUAGCAGGAAGUCGAGGACGCGAGCGCUGAUGUGUGCAAACGAGCAGGCGGGGGAAAAGAGGGUUUGACCUUCAGCCAGAGAGAAAUAAAAAGAUAAGACAACGCUCUCAAAGUCAUCCACAUGUCUUCAGGGAAUAUGUUGAUCCCGGGCGAACUUACUGCGGCUGUUUUGUAGAAUGUUUUAACUGGCGAGCUAAAGGCUAACGUGCUAACGCGUGCUAGAGCCGCUGCCCUAAAGACUCUCCAGAGAAGACAAUGUGCACUAAUCCGCUGAAAACCGUCCCCGUUAUUGUCUCUUCUGUUGAAACUGAAGAAAAAAUAAACAGGUCUGUAUUUUGUGACCUUUUUCCACAUCUAAUAUCUACAUGUUGACCAGUGCGUUUGGGUCAGAAACAGACAAAUUGUUCCAUUUGCUGCUCAGUGUAUCCGUGAUGUUGUGAGUGACACAUUCUCUCAUUCCGGUUUGUUUUGAUCAGCUAAAUUCUGUUGAUGAUUCACCAGAGGAAUAAAUGUUAACAGGAGAGAAUCCAA